CGACCACAGCUUCCUUAUCUUUUCUAAUUAACUUCCAUCGAUCUCACCACUGCCAAAUUCAAGAGUGCUCAACCAAUCACUUUGACCAAAUAUAUCUGAGCUUCCCCAAAUCAGCAAAUCAAGAGUGUUCCACCAAUCAAUUAGACCAAAUGGCAGAAGCAGUGGUGUCGAUGGCUCUAGAAACCUUGCGCGAUUUGUUGUUGGAAGAAGCAAGGUUUUUAUAUGGUGUGAGCGAUGAAGUGAAGGAGCUCGAGAUCCAGCUCAAAGAGAUGAAGUGUCUGCUUAAAGAUGCCGAUAGAAGACGACAUGAAAGCGAAACCAUUUUGAAUUGGAUCUCGGAGAUCAAAGAUCUUGUGUACAGAGCAGAAGCUGCCAUUGAAAGACACGCAGCUUAUCAAGUGUUGGCAAGGAGAAGACGAGGCCUGAGACAGCUCGUUCGCAGAUGUAGUUGUAGUUUGGAAGAAGGCUACUCGCUCCACCAACUAGGCUCGGAGAUUUCACCAAUCAAAUCCCGACUUGAAAGGAUAAACAAGGAAAUGAUAGAGAGUGGCAUAAAGAAGAGCAUCAUCAACAAUACAGAUGGAGGGGAGAGCUCGUCUGCCAACAACAGGGCACGGAAGAGCUUCCCCGAAUUCGAGAUCGGAGACUGUUUCGUGGGGAUGGAGGAUGAGCUGAAGCAGCUUCGUAAUCUCCUCAGGCAAGACAACGAGGAUAGAGUUAUAUCAGUGUGGGGAAUGGGGGGAUCAGGCAAGACCACCAUUGCCAAAAAGCUCUACAACGAGACCAACACCAGCUUUGAUCUUUCCGCAUGGGUUUGCAUCACUCAGCAAUGUCAGGGUUUUCAAUCGGUUUGGGAGGAUGUUCUGAAGCAGCUAGACCCACAAAUAAAGGAGGACCUGAACCUGAACCAGUCUCAGUUGAAGGAGCGACUAUGCAAGAUACAAAGAGACAAGCGUUGCCUCAUUGUUGUUGACGAUCUAUGGAAAGUUGCUGAUUGGAAUGAGUUGAAGCAUCCCUUCCUUGUCCAGAAUUUGCAAAGCAAAAUCUUGAUCACCACGCGCGAACAGGAAGUUGCAGAGAUUGGAUGCCCAGUAAAACUUGGGCUUCUAAAAGAGGAAGAUGCUUUGGAACUACUCAAGAACAAAGCCUUUCCACAUACCAACAUUCCAGAUUUUGCAUCUGAAGAAAAGUUUGAGAAAAUUGGAAAAGAAAUGGUGAAGAAAUGUGGGAAUUUGCCAUUGGCAAUUUCUUUACUCGGUGGGGUCUUGAGAACGAAAAAAUCGAUCAAGGAGUGGGAGUUAGUAAAUGAGGAUAUCAAAGCAUUCAUAUAUAGAGGUGAAAGUGAGAUUGAUGGAGUGCUGAAUUUAAGCUAUGAAAGUCUACCCUAUUAUUUGAAGCCUUGCUUUCUCUAUAUGGGUUUAUUUCAAGAGGACGAAACCAUAAGUUCUAUGGAGCUAUAUAGGAUGUGGAUAGCACAGGGCAUGGUUUCAUAUGAGAAUAUUCAUGACAGGGACAAAACUUUGACUGAAAUCGCGGAGCUCUACUUGGGGGAGUUGGCCUCUAGAUCCAUUGUCCAAGUUGAAAUUAACGAUGGUGUCACAACUGGAAGAAGAUAUUCGAGCUGCAAACUUCAUGAUGUAGUAAGAGAGCUAAGUUUAAAAUUGGGGAAAAGGGAGGAUUUUGGUGUUCUGAGUUUGGAGUACCAAACUGGGAAACUUACUACCUCACUACGGCAUAUGAAAAUGCAACAUUUGGCUAUCCAUUUCAGAAGAGAAGUCGAACCGGAACCUGUCGAGCUUGGAGAAGAUGUUAGCAAACACUUAAGGUCUCUUCAUAUAUUCAAUCACGUGAGUAGCCUUUUUGCUGUUAAGUUUCCCUCGCAGAGUAUCUUUGAUUUUCAGAAAUUCAAAUUGCUCAGAGAUCUUGCUAUCAUCGGAUUCAAAUUUGAAGGUAGAAAGUUACCAAAAGGAAUCACUAAUCUUGUUCACCUUAAAUGUUUGCGUUUAGAAGAAUGUGAAUUUGACAAGCUACCGUCGUCCAUUAGGAAUUUGGUAUACAUGGAUACCCUUGAUUUAAGUUUUUCGUGGGAUGUUAGAGUUCCAAAUGUUUUUAAGGAGAUGCUACGUUUAAAACACUUGGUUCUUCCUCCUCUUUAUAAGAGGGGAGUUAGAAGUUAUCAAUUAAGAAGUUAUCGAUUAACAUUGGACGAGGAAGUGGUUGAGUUGGAGAGCUUGCUGGGGUUGGAUAGUAGAGUGCACGAAUUAAAAUGUAUGAGCAAAAUGAAGAAUCUCCAACGCUUUGAUGCAAGCAUACACGACAAUGAAAGCUUGUCAGCUAUCAUGAAUGCCAUUGCUACCAAUUGGAACAAGUUAGUCUUUUGUUCAGUUGAAAUCAUGGGGGAUUGUGAGUUAGGAACAAAUGAGGGAGUGUUAACGUUGAAGAAGGCUUUCACAUGUCCCAAUCUUCAUUUCUUGUCGAUUGAAGUUAAGUUGGGGAAUGUGCUAUCUGAGUGCGGGAGUGCAUUCAACAGCUCUAAACUUACAAAUUUGGCCCUAGUAGAAUGUGAGAUUGAGGAUGAUCCAAUGGGAAUACUGGGGAAGCUUCCUUGCUUGAAACAAUUGGGGUUAUGGGGGAAAUCAUUUGUGGGGGAGGAGAUGACGUGUCCAUCAAACAGUUUUCCUCGCCUCAAGAAGCUCUUUCUAUAUCUAUUACCAAAGUUGAGGGAGUGGAGAGUGGAGGCAGGAGCCAUGCCCCUUCUCUAUGAAUUGAAGAUCGAUGAUUGUUCCAGUCUGAAGAUGCUUCCAGAUGGUUUGAGUGGCAUUUCUACUCUUCGGAAACUGGAGAUUACUGGAAUGGCGGAAAUGGGGAAGAGGGUAUCGGCAUCAGGAGAGGAUUUCCACAAAGUCAGCCAUGUCCCUUCAAUUAUCAUCCAAGAUGAUGACUAGUCUAGUCUCCACCCACCAUAUAUAGAGGUUGAUGAGCAUUGGUUUUCUGGAGUGUAUGUUCCCAGGUAAAGUUUUAAUGAACCUCAUGAACUGAUCAUUGUUUAUACUUUUUGUUUAUUUAUUUAUUUGCGUGUUGUAGGUUAAAUCUCUUCCCCAUUCGAGCUGUAGUCUUGUUGUUGCAAUUCUCAGGUGUUCAUCUUUGUACUCCUUUCUCUACAAAAAAAUGUUUUUCUUAGUUAUGUUGUAAUGAAUUGUUUAGAAUCCAGUUCGACCCAUGAGUAUUUGUUUGUAAUUUCUAGAGAUUUAAGCUUUAUUUCUGUUCGUGAAUUGUGAUUUUUGUUUCUUGGUUGUUUAGAAUCCAAUAAAAUGAAAAUCGGGUUGCUUAAUA